AUGAAAAAUCCCAAUAAUAUCAACGGUAUCUCUCCCGCCGAGGUGUGGAAUUUCGAUAUCGACGCCUACAUCAGCCCGUUCAUACCAAGCCCGAGGAUCAUCCGGAGGCUCCCGACAUGUAUAAGUCGAUUCCUGGGGCAUAGAAAUGGGGCUCGCGGGGGAGAACUCGAUAUCGUUGUUUGGACUUGGGCUUUUGUGGGAGCCUUUGCUGGAGUUGCAAUUGUCGAGACGGUUUUCAUAAAUUGGAGCUAUUUCGUUGAGAGAGGGUGUCCAAUGAUUGUUGGAAGUUAUGGCGCAGCAGCAAUACUGCUGUACGGUGCAGUGGACAGUCCACUAGCUCAACCGAGGAACGCGUUCUUCGGGCAAGUUCUUUCAGCAGCAACUGGCGUGGCGGUAACAAAAUUGUUCCUGCUCAAUAGCAAUUUCGAUAGUCUCGUGUGGCUUGCGGGGGCUUUUGCUUGUGCUUCGUCAAGUUUGGUCAUGACCAUCACCAAAACCGUCCACCCGCCGGCUGGUGCUACGGCGCUCCUCGCAGCUGUCGAUCCUGCGAUCAGGGGGAUUGGGUGGGGCCUUGUCCCUGUGGUCAUAGUCUCCUCGGCCCUCAUGAUAUCGGUUGCCUGUAUCGUGGACAACUUUCAGAGGUCGUACCCGCGUUACUGGUGGACUCCCGGACCCGUAGGAAAGGAAGCGCGGAGUAAGGAUUCCAAGGCGGACGGGAUAGACAUGGAGAAGGGGAAGGUCGACACGGAGGGGGACAUGGAGGUUGUUGUUGGAGCAGAGGGCAUUGUUAUACCGGAGUUCUUGGCUCUCGGAGAAGUGGAGAGGGAGGUUCUGAUGCAGAUUAGAUGUAGAAUCGCAAACUUUAAUGACGGGAGGAGGGAAAGCGAGAGUAGCUCUUUAUGAAGAGGUGGAAAACAUGUCCCCUUUGUUUUACAGGGCGUUCUUUGCGGUGAAAUGGGCGAUUUCUCACGACCGUUCUCAGGGUUCGUCUUCGCAUGGAGAGAUGCGUGGUGACGAGUGAUAGAGGAUGUAUGAUAUGUCUAGCCUAAUUUAAUAGGGCACAAAA